GCAACAUUACAAUAAGGCGUGGCUAGAGAAGAUCUAGCUAGAGUCAGAAGGAGAAAUGCUGCACCUUUUCUACUCCUUAUUUAUUUCUUCCCUCUUUCUCUCCUCUUCUUCUGGUCAAGGUGUAUAUGGUGAUCAUUUUAACAGCAGUAGUAGCGGGGAUACUCCAAUAGAGUCUGGGUCCGGCUCGGACUCUCCUGCCACCACCACCAUGCCUCCUACCAUCAGUACUGCUAUCCCUCCUCCUACUCCUCCACCAUGGUUUCCACAAGACUGUCCUUGUCCUUACGGAAAGCACCUAGUUUACUUGGUCCAGCCAUCUCCCUGCUACUAUGAGCACGAACGGAAUUCUAGUAGUGUCCUGAGCCUGACCUCACCAAGAGCCUGUGACAUUCACACAUAUACUGGGAUGAUAGCUGCUGAUUAUAACUUUGUGUAUAAUUCACAACCAGGAGCUCCGGGACUAACAUUACUCAAUACAUUUUGUUUUGAACCUCGCAGCUACAGUGUUAUUACUUGGUAUCCCAAUGGAAAGGAGGACCUUCCAACUAUGGUUAGAAACCUAUACUAUCAUUAUAAAGCAGGCAACCCUCUUCAUGGUGUCAUUGCUCCUCAUGAUCAAAAGUUAUCAGAAAGAAUCAAUUAUGUGGUGGGCAAAAAUAUUAAGCGACUAGUGAUGUCAUAUUCCACUCCUGGUCUUUUGCAAAACCGCACAGUAUAUCCUUACCAAUACACAACUUCUCCUUCCGAGAUAUUUCUAAAUAAAGUCCGUUUACAAGUCCUAUAUGACUUCAAUUGGAGACGAGUAGCCAUUGUUUCUACUGAUGAUGCAUUCUCAUCAGAGGCUGCUGAACAGCUUUUUAGUAUCAGCAGAGACAAUACAUCAAUGGACAUUAACUUUCCUGGAUCAUUUCUUCGAGAUCCAACUGCUAUUUUUGAGCAACUUAAGGAGGAUGAUUAUCGUAUAUUUGUGGGAUUCUUUCCUCUAAAGGAAAGCAGAUACAUCAUUUGUAAAGCAAUGAGGAUGGGUCUAACUACCAGCCAGCAUGUGUGGAUAUUGCCUGGUAUAUAUGACUAUAUGUGGUGGCAUGACUGCACCUGUGACAAUAAUGAUAAGUUCUGUAGUUGUAAUGAUUGUACUGAGGAGGAGAUGAAGUCUGCUAUACAAGGAAUGCUCUUUAUUGAUGCCUCUAAUCUUCAAAUCACUAAUGUAACAGAAACUCAAGAUCAAAUACAUUGGUUUCAUGAAUUAUUUAAUUUCACACGGGAUUUUUUUAUUUUUCCUUCUAUUGUCAAUAUUACUGAAGAGGAUAGACAGUAUCUCAUUCACUCAAGGGGUACUAAUGCCUAUGAUGCCAUUGGCCUAUUUUAUUCAACGUGGCAUGCCGCAGCCCAACGUCUGCUCAGCUCUACAAAUGAUGUGACAGCUAUUUGUGAUUCAAUGUCUAAACCAAUUAGAGAUAGUAAUGACCAGUUGGAUCUCUUGUCUAAGACAAUGGUUGAUAUACUUGAGACACAUGUUUUCUGUGGAGUAUCUGGUUACUACAAUUAUAAAGGGAAGAAUAAUAAUGAUGAAUUUGGACAGGCUAAAGUCACACAGUUUCAAGAUGAUCACGAAUACACUAUUGGUAUUUAUCGUAACUAUGAGUUUUCACCAGAUGAGGUUUAUUGUCCAAGAAAUAAACUAGUUGAACUAAAUGAGUCUAGGAUAACCUUUAGUCCCUCUUCUCUUUUCUUUUCUAAUCUCACCAACUUUAACUUUCGUCAAAAAAACUUUGGCUCUUCUGGUCCAUACAGAUGGAAAAAUAAAAAUGGAUCGUUUUUUUACAACUGUUACACUGCACCAACUGAUGGAGCAUGCCACGAUGAGUCUUGCCUCUGCUUUAAUCAAAUAGAAGAAUCAGGAAUUAGUCUCUCACUGUUCAUAAUGUUAAUAGGGAUAAUCACAUCAGUACUACUGAUCUUAUUUAACUUCCACAAUAGAAAUAACAAACAUAUAAAGGCUUCAAGCCCUAAGUUCACAUUGUUCAUUAUCAUUGGUGCUUUGGUGAUGUACGUCUCAAUACUAUUUCUGGCUCUCUCUUUUUCUGGAAAUUUUAUCAUUAAAUCAGAAUCUUCAAGAAAGAUCGCCCUACCAGUAUUCUGUGAACUUGACAAGUGGCUCUCGAGCCUUGGAAUGAUCAUCACUCUCUCUGCAAUGUUGGUCAGAAAUUGGAGACUGCACAAGAUUUUUUACAACCCAAAGAUUGCCAACAGAAGCUAUCUCUCAGAUAAAAUACUGAUACCCAUGAUGCUACUCCUCAUUGCUCCCGUUUGUUUGCUGCUAAUAAUCUGGUCAAGUACUGAUGCUUAUAAAUACAAGGAAAUGUAUGAAGCAUUUAAUUGUACUGACAUUAUUGUUGAUGAUUCCAUUACAACGGAAUUAGUAACGUAUACUUGCUCUAGCUCACCACAAUGGAGGGGACUCCUUGUAAUGUACAACCUCCUCCUCUCCUGUGGUCUUAUCUUCUUCUCUUAUCAAAACGCAAAGAUCAGGACUCACUUUUCCCAGGAGGGAGAGUUUGCUGCUAGAGCAGUCUUUGUCGUAUUUUUAUUUGUCAUCCCUGCAUUUGCUAUUGAUUUGCUACUGAUAUUAACAUCAACUAAUAGUCUUGGAUUGUUUUGGAUCAGGCUACUCCUUGCUGCCUCAUUCCCAUCAGUUGUACUAGGAGGUCUAUUUGUGCCAAAAAUUAUAUUUAUGAUGAGAGACAAGAGGGAGCUGGAAAAGUUGAAACAGAGGCAGACACUUUCAUUUAGUUAUGAAGGGAAAAUAAAGGAAAUUGAUCAUCUCAAAUCAGUUCUUUCAAAAAGAGAGUCAAUUAUUGCCUUGCUUCAAAAACGUGGCUCAUUACGCAAUGAAAGUUCACCUUUGUCAAUGGUAACAACUACUUCAAGCGUUUUCUCUCCUUCCAGUUUCCCAAGUGACUUCUUAUCAUUCAUACCGGAAUGAUGUGUGUAUUCCAAUCUAAGAACCUACACACUCAGAGACACAAUUUAUUUUAUUUUUCAUUAUUGUAUUUUUAUUGUUAGAAAUAGAAGAAUCACCAUAGUCAA